GCUGGGAUCAGGGGCCACCCAGAACAAGCAACUCAUCUUCCGUUUGCAGAGUUGCUUGCAAUUUAAGUCACAGAUUAUUGGCAUCAUGUGAACCUGUGUAUUAUGCUGUGUGGUCAGGAUUCACUUCUCUUUUAUUUGCUCUGUUUUCUAAAGGGAGAGCCAGGGAUUGGCUUCCGGGGACCUGUUGGUCAGGCUGGACCUCCUGGGCACAAGGGUGAGCCCGGAGUCCCGGGACCUCCAGGGGCACAAGGCAUCCAGGGUAUCCGUGGCAACCCCGGGACCCCCGGGUCGCAGGGGGAGAGAGGUGCCCCAGGCCCACCUGGAAUUCCAGGGCAAAAGGGGGAACACGGCAAGAGAGGAAGGAAUGGGUCUGCUGGACCAAUAGGACCCCCCGGACACCCAGGACAAGAGGGGGUGCCUGGUGUCCCUGGGAUCAAGGGCAGCAAGGGUGAGGCCGGGCUUGGCAGACUGGGUCCAAGGGGACCACGGGGGCUCCCUGGGCCUCAGGGCGAAGAAGGAAUUGUGGGAGUUCGUGGUCCCAUUGGCAUGAUGGGACAGAAUGGCCUUUUGGGGCCGAAAGGGGAGAAGGGCGAUGUUGGAUUUCCUGGGGCCAAAGGAGAAAGGGGAGACCCCAUGACAACAUUUGGACCUCAAGGCUACAAAGGCAACAAAGGCGAUCCUGGUGAAAGAGGCCCUCCAGGAUUUGAUGGUGACAAGGGUGAGAAAGGAGAAGAUGGACCAGCAGGAGAAAAGGGAGUGAAAGGAGAAGCCGGGGCGAAAGGAAUCAUGGGUCUGUUUGGCACAAGAGGCCCAGUGGGGCAGAAGGGUGAGCUGGGAGAACCUGGAUUGCCGGGAUUUGCUGGAACCGCUGGGCUCGAUGGGAAGAAUGGUAUGAAAGGGGCAAAAGGAGACAGAGGCCUGCAGGGCCAGAAAGGGGAACCGGGGGGAGAAGGCGAUCCUGGUCUAUCUGGUGACAUUGGACGGAAAGGUUCGAAGGGUCUACGUGGGUUGCCAGGAAGGACAGGACCUCCAGGAGCAGAUGGAAUCAAGGGGGAAAUCGGUGGCGUUGGGAGUCCAGGUACCUCAGGUGCAGAUGGGCUUCUGGGACCUGAGGGUGAGCGUGGAGAGUCUGGCACAGACGGGCCCAAGGGAAUUUCGGGGCAGAAAGGAGAAAAGGGCGCCAAGGGGGUGCCUGGCCUGGGAGGCUUCAAAGGACAGAUAGGCCUACCUGGCAAGGUGGGUGUCGCUGGACCACCUGGCCUGCAAGGACCUCAGGGUGAGCCAGGAGUACAGGGCGAGAGGGGUAGAAGAGGAAGGCAACAGCUUUGUCUCAGGGGACCCCCAGGAACUCCUGGCAACAAAGGGGGAGUGGGGGAGGAUGGCCCAGCUGGUCGGAAAGGAGAAAAGGGAGAUCCCGGACUUUCUGUGGGAGACGUAAAGGACAUUGUCAGGAGCGAGAUGAGCGACAAAGAUGCUUGUGCCGGUGAGUUGGGAACAGGGAACACCAUGCUGUUCCAAGGGAUAAGUAUGGCAUUUCUAAACUUUCAAAUAGGGCUCCCUCUACCGAUCUUAGCACCCAAUAGGGUCUGUAGGAAUACAGAUAUUUGGGGUCUAAGUCUUGUCCUCUCUCCCUCCCUCUCAUUUUCCUUUCAAACAGGCAAAAACUUCCACCUGGCGAAUAGAUUGGCAGACCCCGAUGUCGAUUACCUAGCAGAUGCCCAAGAGACAGAGAAAAGGUCUCUGCUGCCGGAAGGUCUGGCAGAGCAAGGAUUAUUUGGCGAAGUGCAGAACAGGACCAACGCAGGUGUGCUGCUGAGAGAAUCUGUGCCACCUCUGGCAGAUCCCUGUGCCCUGCCAAUGGAUGAAGGCUCCUGUGUACGGUACACAGUCCUCUGGUAUUACCACCAGGCAGCCAACAACUGCCGGCCUUUUAUUUUUGGAGGUUGCGGGGGGAACGCCAAUCAGUUUCCAUCCAAGCAGAAAUGCGAGCUGUGGUGCAAGAAGACUACAGGACGAUGACCGGUUGAUGGGAACGAGGAAGCAGCAUCAACCAGGACUGUACAUUUGGGAUAGCUGGACAAAGGCCGGAUUUUGUUUUUUUGCCACUUACCUGUUCUGUGAACAAGGGAGAUACCACUUGGGGGAGAAAUAAAUCCAUUGGGAAAGGA